AUGCGCUUGACCACCGUCUUGGCGCAAGUGCUCGCCGGAGCAUCUUUUGCGCUGCACGCUACCAGCCAACACACCUUCCAGGCCCCUCUACAAGUGCCGGGAGGUGGUGCUGCAGCGUAUGGUGCGUACGAUGAGGGGUUGUUCACCCCUCUCGGCAACCUCUCGUCACUAUCGUCGACUACCUUCACCCGCCUAGACCACCCGGCAUUUCCCCGCCACAGCGUGCGCGUGAAGCAGUCGCAUUUCUGCGACGAGCAGGUCAGGGCUUACACCGGGUACAUCGACAUCGAGGCGCGCCACCUGUUCUUCUACUUCUUCGAGAGCAGGCGUGACCCCGACAAUGACGAUGUCAUGUUUUGGACGAACGGCGGUCCCGGGGGAUCAUCUGCUAUUGGGCUGUUCGCGGAACUCGGUCCGUGCCGUGUGACGAGCACGAACAGCACCGAGCGCAACCCGUGGUCGUGGAAUGAGUACGCGAACAUCUUCUUCGUCGACCAGCCCGUGGACGUCGGAUACUCGUACGCGGAGUACGGGGAGGCGGUGACGACAACGCAGGAGGCGGCAAAUGACAUUGCCGCGUUCAUGGUGAUCUUCUUCGAGCACUUCACGAAGUUCAAGAGGCGACCGCUUCACCUCGCUGGCGAGUCGUAUGGGGGCAGAUACAUUCCCGUCUUCGCAUCCGCGAUAUACGACAAGAAUGCGGAGCUCGCGGCUGCGGGUGUAGCACCGAUCAACCUCACAUCCGUCAUGAUAGGUAAUGGAUGCACCGACUUCUCGACCAUGCUUCUGUCCUACUACGACGCGCAGUGUGCCGACUCCACGCUGGGGCUUCCCAUCAGCGACAUCUCCUCUUGCGUGCACUUGAAACAGCAGAUGACACGAUGCGAACAACGCUUCAAGGAUUCCUGUCUUGACAGGUUUGACGCUAUCGAUUGCAGGGCCGCGUUCAAUGUGUGUGUAGCCGCAACCGAUGCCCACUUCAAGAAUCCGAACAAGAACUACUAUGAUCGGACACGGCCUUGCACGGGCAUGGCAAGCACCAAGGACUGCUACCCCAUCAUCGGACACAUGGUCGACUUCCUGAGCAGCAACGCGACGCAGGACCUGCUGGGCGUCGACCCCGCGAAGCGCGGGCCGUUCCAGUACGAGUCGCGCGCGGUGUUCGACGCGUUCCAGACGACUUACGACUGGUACGCGUGGCCCGCGCCGUUCUACCUGGCCGCACUGCUCGAGCGCGGCGUGCGCGCGCUCGUGUACGUCGGCGCGGCAGACUACAUCUGCAACUGGAUCGGAACGGAGCGCAUGACGCUUGGGCUGGAGUGGACGCGGCAGGAGGCGUUCCGGAACCAGUCUCUCGUUCCGUGGCUUGUCGAUCGGGAGGUUGCGGGCGUGACCAGGAGUGGUGGGGGGCUGACGUUCGCGACCAUCGACGGUGCGGGACAUUUUGCACCGCUUGACCGACCGGUCCAGUCGUUGGAGCUGGCAAAGAGGUGGUUUGAGGGAACUUCUCUCUGA